GCUCGAUAUCAAAUAACGCCUCCCGAUAUCGAAGAGCGAUAGGCCGAACUUUACGGAAUUUAAUUAAGAAAACGAGUGAAGAAAAUUUGGAUUAUCGCUGAAUUCGUGGUAGAUGGGAUCGCCGACGAUCCUUUAAAGUCCUCAGUCGACCCCUCGACAUGCGUAGCAAGUGCGGGAGUGUGAACGCAACGCGUGUGCUGUGCAGGGCAAUAAUUCCAAUUCCGAAUCGCAGCAGGCGUGAAGAAAGCGACGCAUGAGGAAAAAUGCAUACAGAUGCAAAAACCAAGAGCCAGCCGCGCUGAUAAACAAGCAAGCACUUAUUAAUUGCCAAAUACCUUCAACACAGCACCAGCAGAGUCGGGCAGCGGAGGAGCUGUAGACGACGAGGAGCACAGCAGGAGGACCUCUGAGUAGUGAGCUGGGCUAGAGCAUGAGAAACAGCCAUGCCUUCGGCACGACCUGGUAGUCUCAAGGAUCCGGAAAUAGCCGACCUGUUCAACAAGCAUGACCCGGAGAAGAUCUUCGAGGACCUGCGCGAAAUCGGCCAUGGUUCGUUUGGUGCGGUCUACUAUGCCCGCUGCAAUCUCACCAAGGAGAUUGUGGCCAUCAAGAAGAUGUCCUACACCGGCAAGCAGAGCCAGGAGAAGUGGCAGGACAUUCUCAAAGAGAUACGCUUCCUUCGCCAACUGAACCACCCAAACACCAUCGAAUACAAGGGCUGCUAUCUGCGCGAGUCGACCGCCUGGCUGGUGAUGGAGUACUGCGUGGGCUCCGCCUCGGACAUCAUCGAGGUGCACAAGAAGCCGCUGCACGAGGACGAGAUCGCCGCUAUCUGCCUGGGCGUGCUCAGUGGUCUGAGCUAUCUACACUCGCUAGGUCGCAUCCACCGCGACAUCAAGGCGGGCAACAUCCUGCUCACGGACAACGGGGUCGUCAAGCUGGCCGACUUUGGCAGCGCCGCCAUCAAGUGCCCAGCAAACAGCUUCGUCGGAACGCCCUACUGGAUGGCCCCCGAGGUGAUCCUGGCCAUGGACGAGGGCCAGUACGACGGCAAGGUGGACGUGUGGUCGCUGGGCAUCACCUGCAUCGAGCUGGCGGAGCGAAAGCCUCCCUACUUCAACAUGAACGCCAUGUCGGCGCUCUACCACAUUGCGCAGAACGAGUCGCCGACCCUUCCGAAGAACGACUGGUCGGACGCCUUUUGCAGCUUUGUCGAACUGUGCCUCAAGAAAAUGCCAGCGGAGCGACCCUCGUCGGCCAAGCUCUUGACUCACGCCUACGUGACCCGGCCGCGUUCCGACACCGUGCUGCUGGAGCUGAUUGCGCGCACCAAGUCGGCUGUGCGUGAGCUGGACAACCUCAACUACCGCAAGAUGAAGAAGAUACUCAUGGUGGACACCUGCGAGACGGAGAGCGCCGUGGGCGAUGUCGAUGACCAACAGGACGACCACGCCGGCGGCGACAGCAGCAAGAGCAAUAGUAUUACUUCAGAACACUCCAUACACUCGGUGGGUGUAUCAGCGGCCAGUAGUCAGAGCUCCUCAUCCAAUUCCAUACCAGCCGCGGCCCAGAAUCAUCACCAUAUCGCUGCGCACCACCACCAGCAGGCGGCUAGCGCCGCUGUGGCGGCGGCAAUGCACCACCAUCACCAUACACACCAACAGCAGCCGCCACCUAGCUGGCCGAGCGGCCAACAGAGCCAGGUGGUGGUCCCACCCGGAGCAGUGUCCCGCAACUCGUCGCGCCACCGCACCCGGCCGCCGCUGCCCAACAUAAUGCACAGCAUGAACAACAAUGUCACGCCCACCAACUCGGCCUCGGUGGUGCCGGCUCCAGCGCCUGCACCGGUGCCACCGCCCCCGAUUUCUGUGUUGCCGCACCUGGGCGCAAUGGGCCACGUGGGAUCCUUUGCCAGCUCCGCGUCCUCGCAACAGGCCAUCUCCAAUGCAGUGAACGACCACGGGCCCAACAACUUUGCCACCAUACGCACCACCAGUAUCGUGACCAAGCAGCAAAAGGAGCACAUGCAGGAGGAGAUGCACGAGCAGAUGUCCGGCUACAAGCGGAUGAGGCGGGAGCACCAGGCGCACCUGCUCAAGCUGGAGGAGAAGUGCAAGGUGGACAUGGAGGCGCACAAGACCGCCCUGGACAAGGAGUACGACACGCUGCUCCACAACUUUACGAGGGACCUCGAGCGCCUUGAGACCAAGCACCAGCAGGACGUGGAGAGGCGGGCGAAGCAAACGAGCGCCGCCGAGAAGAAACUACACAAAGAGAUUACGCUGAAGCAGGAGGGCGACCGCAAGGUGUACGACCAGAACCGCAAGAAGGAGUACAAGGCGAACAAGGAGCGCUGGAAGCGGGAGCUCUCCAUGGACGAGUCGACGCCCAAGCGGCAGCGCGAUCUAACCCUGCAGUCGCAGAAGGACAACCUAAAGCAGCACGAGGCGCAAGAGGAGCAGCGCAUGCUCCAGGCCCAGAAGCAGUACAUCGAGCUAGAGAUGCGCAAGUUCAAGCGCAAGCGCAUGAUCAUGCAGCACGAGCACGAGGACCAGCAGCUCCGCGACGAGCUCGGAAAGAAGGAGCAGCAGCUGGAGCAGGCGCACGCCAUGCUUCUUAAGCACCACGAAAAGACACAGGAGCUGGAGUACCGCCAGCAGAAGAGCGUGCACCAGCUGCGCGAGGAGCAGAUUAACAAGCAACACGACACAGAGUUGCACAAUCAAAAAGACUACAUGGACCGCAUCAAGAAGGAGCUGGUGCGCAAGCAUGCGGUCGAGCUGAGGCAACAGCCCAAGAGCUUGAAGCAAAAGGAGCUCCAGAUACGCAAGCAAUUCCGGGAAACAUGCAAGACGCAGACGAAGCAAUACAAACGCUACAAGGCGCAAGUGCUGCAGACGACGCCCAAGGAGCAGCAGAAGGAGGUCAUCAAGCAGCUGAAGGAGGAGAAGCAUCGCAAGCUAACGCUGUUGGGCGAGCAGUACGAGCAGAGCAUUGCGGACAUGUUCCAAAGUCAGAGCUACAAACUGGACGAAAGCCAAGUGAUCGAGUGCCAACGUACCCAUGAGCAGCUGGAGUACGAGCUGGAGAUGCUCACUGCCUACCAGAACAAGAACAAGAAGCAGGCGCAGGAGCAGCGGGAUCGCGAGCGUCGGGAGCUGGAGAACCGGGUCAGCGUGCGGCGAGGUCUGCUCGAGAAUAAGAUGGACGCCGAGUUGCAGCAAUUCAACCAGGAACGCGCCGAGCGCUUGCGCAUGAAACACGAGAAGCAUACUAAAGAAUUGGAAGCAUUUGAUAACGAAUCAAUUGCCCUAGGUUUCAGCACUUUAUCACUGAUUGAGGUAUCUCGUGAAGCCUAUGCAGAUGAGGAGGGGAGUCUGUCUGGUUCAAUGAUUAGUUUAGCCCAUAGCAAUAGUUCAACAAGUUUUCCGGCUGGUUCGCUAUAGCAUAGACCACAACAAGCCAACAGCCAACCACAACAGCAACAAGUGUUUAGUAAUACAAACUACUUCAAUUUUAAUGGAAAUUAUAAAGCCAGCAGUACGACAGCAACCACAACUAGAACCCGACAGAAGCCACAAAAACCACAGCUGAGAAACCAGGAACAACAAUAGCAGUGCUUGUGUAGGAGCACCCAUUAAUAAUAGCAAUCAAUUAUCGCAUUGGUUGCCCAGAGAGGAACACGGAAGCCCAAGUAUUUUCUAAAAGUUGCGACACGCAAAAGCUGCAAUAGUUUUGUAUUAAAGGGAAUUCGAUUGGAGAAGGCACCAAGAUACUAACAUUUGAAACCAUUUAAUACCCGGCAAUCAAAAACAAAGAAGGGAAAAGCCAACAUAAAUAAAAAAUUAUAUAUGUAAGCAAGAAUGUCAUACACAAACAAUAACACAAAAAGCAAAAACAAACAAACAAGAAACAAGCAAGCAAAGAUCAACAUCAACUUUGGCACGCAAUGCAAAGUGUUUAAACUUACGUUAAAUUCUAACUUGAUAUUAUUACCGAGUAACCGAUUCAAUGAGCCCUUUGAUUUGUUAUCGACUUCUGAUUGAGUUAGCACUCGAGCGCUGCAAAAGUGUCACGAACAGAAUUAGGUGUGUAUUAUUUGUUAAAAGAAGGAUGUCCCGCGGAAAAUAAUCAUUCGGUUUGCCUUCGCAUUCGGGUUUGCGAGAACUUUAUAUGUUAUUUUACAAUUGAUUGUCGACGUGGCUGCGGUCGCAGUUCAUAGUUCCAUCCACAUAUCGAUUGCCAUUUCGCAUGUUGAGGUUCAACAUUUUCGGUUUGCGUUAUGUUUUUCUUAUUUUGACUUCGAUUGCGAUUCAAAUAAAGUAUUUUUGAAGAGAAAAUAUUAAAUUUAUUAUUUUGUCUGCUGUACAAUAAGUUUUAUGGCCAAAAUUAUUAUAAACCCAGCAAAUAUUAAAACGCAAAACGAUGCAGAUUCAUUUUGUUUACAAUUAAUUUAGUUUUGUUUGUUAUAACAAAAGGAUAUAAUAUAUAUAUAAAACUAAAAUAAGCCUAUUUUAGAGUUAAUUAAUGCAAAUUGCAAAAUGCUUAGUCAAAACAAUAAAAAUUGUAUAGAAAAUUAAA